AACCUUUCGUGCAGACGACGUUGUUGCUGGAGGCAAUGGCUUCCUCGGAACAGCGGGAGGACGAGAAGUGGGAUAAUCUCACUGCGAGUAUCGAUCUCUUGUUUACCAAGGUCGGGGCAAUGGAUCGGACUCAGCAACAGAUUUCUGCGCAACUGGAUCUAAGUGCUCAAGUGAUGGAGCGUAUGAUUCAGGAUCAGCAGACUCUGGCCAAACAGGUGGAUGCCACAGGUCAGGCAGUGGCCCGUCUCACCCUGAAUCGCCAACAGAUGCAUCCACCCUCUCCUCGGCCAAUCCAUCGGGAGGAUCAAUCACGGGGGUUUGAACAAGGGGAAUUCUCUCGGGCGCAUGAAGAUCGUUCACCAAGACCUCCUCCAGUUUCCCACCGUGUGAGUACUGAUUCCCACAGUUUCUCUAGACAUGCACUUCCUAAGAUGUCAUUUCCUCGAUUUACUGGUGCGAAUCCCACUAUUUGGAAGGAUAAGUGUCUUGAUUAUUUCCGCAUCUUCAACAUCCCUGAGGUCUAUUGGGUUACUGCUGCUUCCAUGCAUAUGGAUGACAAUGCUUCUAAGUGGUUACAAAUGCACAAACUCACUCAUGACUUAGAUUCGUGGACAGAGUUUAUUUCUGCUGUAGAGGACCACUUUGGAUCUUAUGAUUACAGGGAUGCUAUUGGUGAAUUGGUCUCCUUGACUCAGGAUGGAACUUUGGAGGACUAUAUAUCUGCAUUUGUUGAUCUUCAGUAUCAGGUCACAAUGCAUAACACUGGUUUUGAUCAAGUGUAUUUUGUCACUCAAUUCAUUAAGGGCCUUAAACAUGAAUUAAGAAUGGGAGUUCAAUCUCAAGUACCUCAGGACAUGAAAAGAGCUAUCAUGCUAGCCAAAGUGCAGCAGCAAGUAUUAGAGAGUAAACAGUUUAAAACCAGCAGAUACUCUCCUACCUCCAAAUCCAGUGCUACUUCCUCUUCUUCCAGAUUUGACACCAAAAGUACUUCCAGUGCUCAUUCCUCCUUAUGGAAAGAGAGACAACUCAGGGAUUUCAGAAAAUCCAGUGGACUGUGUAUGUAUUGUGGUGAUAAGUAUGAUGCUGCUCAUGCUGCCUCCUGUACCAAACGGCCCCAAGGACAGGUUCACACUCUAGUGCUCAAUGAUCUUGAUCAACCACUCUCAGUAGAGGUUUUGACCCAAUUGGCAAUGGAAGAUUCAGUCACUGAUGAGUUGCAGCAUUUGUCCCUCAAUGCAUUGGCAGGCACAGCUCAUGGAGAGGUUUUGCAACUCAGAGGAAUGCUUCAGAACAAAGCCAUGGUGGUUCUUUUGGACAGUGGGAGUUCACACAGUUUUGUCAAUGCUUCCUUUCUAGCUAAAGUGGGAAUUUCACCUAUCUCAGUGCCACCCAAACAAGUUAAAGUUGCUAAUGGACAAUGCCUAGUCACAGAUAAAUUGGUUCCAGCAAUGGAGUGGUGGUGCCAGGGUCACACUAUGGUGACAGAUAUGCAAGUUUUGGAUUUGGGAGGUUAUGAUGCCAUUCUAGGCUAUGACUGGUUAAAACUACACAGCCCUAUGACUUGUCACCGGGAUACUUACUCUGUGCAGUUCCAACACAACUGAACACAAGGGCAAGCCUAUAACAUUGCAGGGUAUUCAGUCCUCACAGAAAACAGUGGCUCCACUCUCAGCUGACAACUUGGUCAGAUUGCACAAAGGUAAUGACAUUUGGGCCUUGGCCAUGGUGAGUUUGGUGGAUUCUACUUCUCCUGAAAUUUCAUCAGCUGUGGGAAAUUUGCUGACUGAGUUUGAGGAUGUGUUUUCCAAACCCAGUGCAUUACCUCCACCACGACCCUAUGAUCAUACUAUUCCCCUCUUGCCUGAUACUGUGCCAGUUAACUCUCGACCAUACAGAUACUCCCCCAUGCACAAAGAUGAGAUUGAAAGGCAGGUCAAAGAACUCUCUUACAGUCAGGCUUGAUCACUCACAGUACAAGCCCUUUUGCCUCUCCUGUUUUAUUGGUACAAAAAAGGGAUGGAAGCUGGAGAUUUUGUGUGGAUUAUCGUAGACUUAACUCAUUAUCAGUGAAGAAUAGAUUUCCUCUACCCAUCAUCGAAGAGAUUUUGGAUGAAUUGGCUGGUACACAGUCCUUCACUAAGUUGGACAUGACAGCAGGGUACCACCAAAUUCGUAUGGCAGAUGGAGAGGAGCAUAAGACUGCUUUCAAAACACACCAUGGACAUUUCCAAUUUAGAGUGAUGCCUUUUGGACUCACCAACGCACCAGCCACUUUUCAAUGUGUGAUGAAUGAUAUUCUGCAGCCAUUCCUCAGAAAGUUUGUGUUAGUUUUCUUAGAUGAUAUUCUCAUCUACAGUCCUACAUGGGAAGCCCAUCUGGCCACUUAAGAGAAGUUCUGUUGCAACUGAGGAAACACAAGUUUUAUCUCAAGAGCAGUAAGUGUUCCUUUGCUCAGACACAAAUUGAGCAUUUGGGACAUGUGAUUUCUAGAGAUGGAGUGGCCACUGACUCCACCAAAACUGCAGCUAUGCUGCAAUGGCCCACACCAACAACUACAACUGAAUUGAGGGGUUUUCUUGGACUCACUGGAUAUUACAGGAGGUUUGUGAAGAAUUAUGGAAUUGUGGCCAAACCACUCACUAAUCUGCUCAAAAAGAAUCAGUUCAGUUGGUCUCCUGCUGCUGAUCAGGCUUUUUACAAUCUGAAGCAGCUUAUGUCCCAUACUCCAGUCCUAGCAAUUCCUGACUUCAAUCUUCCUUUUACCAUUGAAACAGAUGCCUGCUCUACUGGUGUGGGAGCAGUUCUUAUGCAGCUGGACAGACCUGUGGCUUUUCUCAGCAAGGCUUUGGGACCCAAACAUCAACAUCUGUCCAUAUAUGAGAAGGAAUUUCUGGCUCUAAUUAUGGCUGUGGAGAAAUGGAGAGCUUAUCUACAGAGGCAGGAAUUCAUCAUUAGAACUGAUCACAAGAGUUUGUCCUACCUGACUGAGCAGAACUUACAGUCCGACCUACAAAGGAAGGCCAUGACUCGAAUGAUGGGUCUGCAAUUCAAAGUUGUGUACAAAAAAGGAAAAGAAAACAUAGCUGCUGAUGCACUUUCUCGUGUGGGACAUUUAAUGGCCUUACAGGCAGUUUCUGAAGCUACUCCUCUUUGGAUUCAGGAGGUCCUCAAUUCUUACUAUACUGAUCCUGAAGCUCAGUCAUUGUUGCAAUCUUUAGCCAUUAAAUCCCCUGAUGAAAGAGGUUUUUAUCUGGAACAGGGGGUCAUCAAGAAAGAUAACCACAUUUGGGUUGCUAACAACUCUGCACUACGCACCAAAGUGAUUUUAGCUCUUCAUUCUAGUCCAAUUGGAGGCCAUUCUGGGAUUCAUUCUACUUAUCACAAAGUGAAACACCUCUUUCACUGGAAGGGUUUGAAACAGCAAGUUGAGGAUUUUGUGAAACAAUGUGUGGUGUGUCAACAGGCUAAACAUGAACAUUGCCAUCCACCAGGUCUUCUCCAACCACUUCCAAUACCAGAGGGAGCCUGGCAGGACAUAUCACUGGACUUCAUAGAGGGUUUGCCAAUCUCUGAAGGUUCUAAUAUUAUUCGGGUCAUUGUGGACAGAUUCACCAAAUAUGCCCACUAUCUUCCCCUGAAACACCCUUUUACAGCUCACCAAGUGGCCAAGUUGUUGCUGGAUUCUGUUGUGAAGUUACAUGGCAUUCCUAACACUAUGGUGUCUGAUAGGGACAGAAUCUUCCUCAGUCACAUCUGGCAAGAAUUAUUCACAGCUUUGGGCACUAAAUUAUUACACAGCACAGCCUAUCAUCUGCAAACCGACGGGCAAACUGAACGAGUGAAUCAAUGCUUGGAAAUGUACUUGAGAUGUGCAGUUCAGCAAUCUCCCUCUAAAUGGAAAAAGUGGUUGCCUAUGGCAGAAUUAUGGUACAACUCUUCAUUCCACACAACAUUGGGGUGUUCACCUUUCAAAGCUCUCUAUGGAUAUGAACCUAGUUUGGGUCUAGUACCUCCACCAUCUGAGCUUCCACCUACUGAUCCUAUAGUCACUGAGAUGUUGCAGGACAGAGCCGAGCACAUCACCAUGCUAAAAGAGAAAUUGGCAGUGGCUCAGAACCGAAUGAAGUUACAAGCAGAUAAAAACAGAGUGGACAGACACUUUGCUGUCGGGGACCAGAUACUGUUGAAGUUACAGCCAUAUACACAAAGCUCAGUGGUUAACCGUCCAUUCCCUAAGUUUGCCUACAAGUUCUUUGGCCCUUACACUAUUCUGGAGAGGAUUGGUACUGCUGCUUACAAGAUUGAUCUUCCUGCUGAUAGCAAGGUUCAUAAUGUCUUCCACGUGUCCCAGCUUAAGCCCUAUACACCUGAUCAUACUCCAGUCUUCUCGGACAUUAACAAGCUCGUGGACCUCAGUGCUCACUCUCCACGACCGGAACUCAUUCUGGAUCGUCGUCUAGUGAAGAAGGGCAACACGGCAAUUCCGCAGGCUUUGGUCAAGUGGACGGGAUUUCCUUCAGACGCGGCUACCUGGGAAGACUUCUACGUUCUUCAGAAGAGGUUUCCUGUGGUGGGCACCUGGGGACAGGUGCCAGCAUGAGGGGGGGGGGGGGGGGCAAUGUCAUGGCUGUCGCCACGCCAAGCAAGUAUACGUCUACAGGAGGAGAAGACGCACUAAAGAAAUACGCUACCUAUAUAGUUUUAUCUGUAAUAGAACUUUAUUAGUAAUUGCUGAAUUGUGGGCCCGAGGCCAAAUGUGGACGUGAGCUAUUAAGCCACGGGAUGUAACCGAACCAGUAUCGAAUUAUCUUAUCAACAAACUCAUCACGGAAGAGGAA